UUUCGACCACUUCUCUCCCCACGACACCAACAUGACGCGAUCUCGGCGCGCACGACCCGACGACCUGACUGAAUCCUGGGACAACUUGAGCGGCUCAGAACCCUCCGACGACAUCUACGACGAAGAGACUGAACGCGACGAGGUUGGCAGUGUGUACCGGUCAUCGCGAACUGCCUCAAGUAUGGAUGCUCGCUCGCUCAGGCCAAUAGACGACGACGAAAACGAGACGCCGCGUCGCAGAACGCUGCGCUCUUCUAUCGAACCAGAGCUAGUCAUGCCAUCUUCUCCAGACGCUCGCCCUCACCACACCAAAGAUGGCAGGAAGCGGGAUGCGACACCGCGGUUCCGAUUGAACGACAGGAGCAACACUUCUGAUGCUGGCCAGAUUAGGAGAGUCACAAGAGCAGAAACCCCCAGAACAAGAUUGGCGGAGCGGAGCAUGACCAGUGAUGCUGGGCGUUAUCGUGGCAGCAAACUCGGCCAGCACGAUGAAGCUGAUUACGAUGAACCCGACGCCGAUGAGCCACAGCGGGGGGCCGACUACACGGCCAUGAUAUGGAAGGGGAUAGUGAGGCCGCUAUUGUCGUAUGUGACAGAUGUUGUGGGCCUUGUACUCCACAACCUGAAGCCGCUCUUGGGCUGGGCAGUCCUGGCGUAUCUCCUUGCAGCCGUUCUGGUAUUUGGAUCUGGAUUCCUCAACAAUACCAUCAAUAAUGCUCUGACGCCAAUCUGUCGACUGCCGUUCACUGGAGGUCUCUCGUUCUGUCCGAGCAGGAAUGCACCCGAACUGCAAGGCCAAGCCCAAUUCGGGCAGCUCGUGCAAGCACAAAAUGCAUUCGAAGAUGUCCUACAAAUAUCUACCGUUGGCGCCAACCUUCCAGCAGACAUGAAAAGGAGUGAAGCCAGCAUUCGUGACUUGAAGAAUAUCGUGCAAUACUCCAACUUGCCCUCGAGGAACGAGCUCGUAUUUGAGUUUAGCGGCUUUGUGGAGACAGCGCGACAGGCCAGCGGAGACCUCAGUCGAUUCAAUUCGCGGAUCGGCAGGGCUGUUGACCAUAUUUUGGCCACAAACAAAUGGACUCUGAACGUGAUCGAUGGUGUGACGGAGAAAGACGCCCAGCGCGGCUCGAUUGCCAAGUUUUUCAGCAACAAUUUCAAUAUCCUCGCGCCGUUUCAACCUAUCAGCUUUUCACGGGACCUGCUGCUGGAUCAGUAUCUGCGCCACACCGGUGCGGUAGAAGAGCAGAUCAUGUCAUUGAUUGAUGAGGCUUUGGCACUUCGCGACAUCCUGGACAACCUGGACAACAGGCUCGAUGUAAUCGCUGGUAUUUCAACUAGAGAUGGCAUUAAGCUCGACUCCAGCAAAGACGAAUUGUUUGCAUUUCUCUGGACCAAGCUUGGGGGCAAUCGUAAAGAUAUCAAAAAGCUCCAAUCUCAGAUCGAGCUCUUGAACAAUGUGAGCGAAUACCGGAGACUUGCCUGGGGACAUGUUACUGCCACAUUGCUCAAGCUGCAGGAGAUUCAGCACAGUCUCGAAGAUUUACGAGAGCGUGUCGCACUCCCGGACACCAUUGGUACACACAAGGUGCCUCUCGAGGUUCACAUCGAGAGCAUCAACCUGGGAAUCGAGAGAUUGGAGAAGCAGAGAGAUGCGAGUCGACAGGUCGCAGCGCAAAACUACGAGCGCAUUGUCGGAAAGGUUGAAAGUGGCGAGAAGAAAAUGUUGGGCAGCGGCAAACAGGAACGAGAACUGUAGGUGAUGAGAUUUCAAGACAGCUCAAUAACGACAGAAGAGACGAAGAUGAUGCAUGAUUUUUUUUAAUGAGCGAGGACCUCUGCACAAUGAUACCCAUAUAAUCAGGUCUUACGACUUUACGCGAGUAGCCAUAAUGUAUGCUGCGCUACGUAGGAGAGACAGG